AUGGCAAAUAAAAAUAGCUUAAUAUUUGAUAGCAUGAUGGAAGAAAAAAUGAAUCAUCAUUCGGGCUAGAAAAGUAAUUUGCAUAGCUAAUUUGAUCUGAAUUAUAGUUAGAUAGAUUAAAAGAACUCGCACUAUAUAAAUAUAAAUUAAUCUAAUCCUGUGUAGCUAGAUAAAAAAUAAAAGCACGUCCAAAAAGAAUAUUAUAAUUAUUUGGAAAACACUGGUAUAAAGCCUGCUUUUGAAAUUGUAUUUAAUGAGAUUGUAGGAAAUAAUAUAAAGGAAGAUUAAGUUUUUUAGUAUGCUGCAAACAGACUAAGAGAAAUUGGCUAAAAAUUAAAAGAAGUUGAACAACUAUGA